AUGGCAACUACUUCACCAUCAAAACAACAACAACCACAACAACAACAAAAUAAGAGUAACAACAAUGCUCCCCUAUCACAGUUCUCUGAUAAUGAUGAUUUCUUAUCUUCACUCAAUACUUUUGUUAAAAAGAAUGAAAAAGGAUUAAAGGAUGGAACAGAAACAUUGUUUCUUAAUCCAGCAUGUUUGGAAUCAUUGAGUAUGUUUAUCAGUGGAAAAAGAGUAUCGUUUAGAGUAUCAAAGAGUGAUUUAUUGGAUUUAUCAUACUUGUUGUCUUUGGUUGUUCAUUUAAAAAUUGAUUCAAAUAGACCAGAGGUAUUGGAAAAGUAUAAAGAAAUGAAUUUAGCUAUAUUUAAAUGUUUAAGAGUUUUGGAAUUAACAUAUGUAAAACCAGCAUUAAUUAUUAAUUUAUUGGAUAUUUCAAAGACACUGACAAAGAUUAUUGUUCACGAAUCAUUAUAUUCAUUGGAUGAAAUGGUGAUUGUUGAAGAUGAGGAAAAGUUACCAGGCUUUGCAGAAAUGUCAAGAAAAAACUAUGAUCUUUCCGAUGCGACAGAAAUCCAGAAUCGUAGGUUUCAAGAAAUCUACCAACGUAAUGGUAUUUGGUCUUUACUUAAAGUAUUGGAUUGUUCAUUUAAUUAUAUUCCAAAAAUUGAUACUUCUGCUUUUUCUCUUAGUAAUUUGGAAAAAUUAAACUUGGAAGGUAAUUUAAUUUCAAAGAUUGAGAAUUUACAAGAAUGUAUUUCACUACGAAUGCUUAAUCUUUCAUUCAACCGUAUUUCAACAACUGAAACAAUCUUUGAAACUUUGGGUUGUGUAAGCCAUCUCUCUUUGAAUGGCAAUCUUUUGACAACUGUUGAUGGAUUAAACAAGUUGUAUGGUUUGGAGUAUCUCGAUGUUGGACGUAACAAAAUCCAAGAAGUCGAGGAAAUAUUCAAACUUCGUACUCUACCUCAUAUUAAAUGUUUGAUUGUCGAGGGUAAUCCAUUAUGUGAAAUUAAAUUAUAUAGAGGUUUAAUUCUUUGUUCAUUUUUUGAAGAGCAUGUAGCAAGAAUAGAAACAAUUGAAUUUUAUUUGGAUAAUAUUGAUAUUACAAUGGCAGAUGUUGAAUUUGUUAGAAAGUAUAGUGGCGCAAAACAUGCAUCGAUGAGUUCAUUUGGAGUGUCAUCUUCACCAAGUAGAAGAUCGACCAAGAUCAAACCAAUGAGCAAAGACGAUUCUUCGCCAUCACUUUUGAUUGCUCCUACUGCCCGUAUCACCAAGCAGUCGUCUGAUGCUACAACACCAUCCAAGACAAUUGCUGGUGCCAAUACUAGUACUAGCAACAACAAUGUACACUCGGUUGUUGGUAGCGUCCAAAUUCCAUUCCAAAGAGUGGUCGAUUUCCAACACCCAGAUGUCGAAGCAUUUGAGGACGAGUUGGAUAAUAGUGGCUUCCAUAAAAAGCCAGAAGACAAGUUUGUCACUGAAAAGGACUUGAAGGAAAAGAUUGACAAGUUGAGAGCCGAGGGUGGCAAUGCCUGGCUCAAGAUUCUAAAUGAAAUGCAAGAACAACAAAACCAAAAAUAUGACAAGCCCGCCGUCUUGUCCACAACCAAUGAAUUUUUAGUGAAUCAGUCGUCAUCGUCAUCGUCCAACACAUCGCCAGCACUAGUCACCACCUCACCAGCUGUCGGUAAUACUACACCCAAGAAAACAGUGAUUGUUAAAAAGAAGCAAAUCAAAAAGAUUAAAAAGUCGGGUUCUGGAUCAUCAACACCCAAUUCACAAGAUGGUAUUGUUUCGUCGCCUGCCGUCCCAUCGCCACAACAACAAGCAUCACCACAACCACAUCAACCACCAAAACAAUCGCUCCUCUCUCAAUCGCCAUCGACCAACAGCACUACCCCACCCAUCAACACUGUAACACCAACCUCCUCAUCACCAGCCACCACUCCAACCGUCUCUAAAGAGGAAAAGGAAGAAUUGGAAGCAUUGUCAUCAACCUCUAGAACUACAACCAACUCUCGGCCAAAAUCUACCAUGUACACCAAUAGCACAGUCUCUAAUCAUUUUUCAUCACAAUCUUCCAACAACACCUCGACUACUACCAGUGCACCAGUUGGAGGUGAAGACACCACCCCAUCAAAGUUUAGACCAAAGACUACUCACUUUUCAAAUACCACUGUUCACAAUUCAUUCAAACAACAAUUGUCUGAACAAAAACAAGAUACAAUGGCACCCAGAAAGGGAACUUUAAAAGAGAGUUUGAGUUUGGCCGCACAAUCCAAUGUCAAGUUGUUAUGUGAACCAUUCUUUGUUGUAAAAUAUUCUUCCAAUCAAGAUUUAUUAUUGGAAAUUAAAUCAGAUGUCAUCAGUGAAACUCAUCCAACCACUGGUAAUUCAUUACACAGUCAUUUAAUUACUUCUGUAGUAUUUAUUAGAAAGUUUACAAGAGCACCAAGUGAAUUGGUAGAAAUUACUUUUGGAAAAGAAUUUAAAGAUGGAGUACCAGUUGAAUUUACCAAAGAGGUUUAUAUUAUGGAAAAUUUAGAACAAGCAGAUUUAUUAUUAUCAGUAUUGAGACCAUUACUCAAGGAAUACACAAUGAGUUGUAUGGAUUGUACUGAACGAUACACCUGUCGCCAAGAAUUUGAAUUUACUCAAUGUGUCAAAUGUCAUUCAAGAUUCCUCUUUUUCGUUCCACAAUCAACCAUUGUAUCUUCAACUCCUGUCGAAGUAUCUACUCCAACUAUUGGUAGUUUAUCUUCAACUCCAACUUUUAUUUCAUCUGAUAUGUCAAGAGAAUCAGAUGAUGAUUUUAAUUUUAGAAUGGUAAAUGAUCAAAAUCUUCAAUUAUACUUUAGAAUGAAUUUGUUACAAGGUGGAAGUAAGGAAACCUAUAUCUAUAUGAUGCAAAGCAACUACAUUAGAUACAAUACUCAAGAAGAGGAAAGAUCAAUCUAUAUUCUUCUCACUUCGAUGCGAGUCUAUUUAUUGAAGAGAUCAUCAACCAUUGGAAGCAAAUUAUCGAGCAGUCUCAGUGCCAGUAGCAUUGACCCAGGAUUUACAUUGGUAGAAUCAUACUCUAUCAAGGAAAUUCGUCGUGUCAGUGUUGGAUUAUUGUACCAAUUCUUUAGAUUCGAAUUGGAAGAUGUCUGCUAUGUCUUUUUAAAGAGAUCACAUGACGCUGUACAUAAAUUCCUUGACCUAUUCUUUGAAGCUGCCAAGAAGGAAUCUAUUCCUUUGGAACCAUACUUCAAAUCCAUGGAUACUCUAAAUAAUAUUAAUCAAUUACUUCGUGAAAAGAAAGAAGAUUUUGAAUUAUAUAUUAUGCUUCAUCAAAAAGUUUCAUCAAAGAACUUACCUCGUAGUUUAAUUAUUACAAAGGAAAAGAUUUAUCUUUGUCAAGAAAACUUUGUUCAAUAUCCAUUGUUAAAUAAUUACCUCAAGACCUCUUCACCACAAUUCACAGUUGUCAAGAGUUACAAAACAACAGACGUAUCAAGUAUUAAUAUUAACCGUUCUAAAUCAUUGGAAUUGACCAUCAUAUUUGAUGUAGAAGGUGAAUCCAAGCAACAAUGGCAAUUGACCACCUCGCACGUAACCGAAAAUAGAAAGGUUGUCUCCACAAUCAAGAGACUUUGGAAAAAGAGAUUCCAUUUGGACUUGAAAGUAAUCGAACAAUAA